UCAGGUUAUAGGGAAACCUGGGUCUUAGGAGCCAAGAUCAAUUGUUUGGGUGCAUAUUAUGCACUGGAGUCAUCCGGCGGAAAAAUGUACGUGAGCUAUCUCUUGGAGAAGGACACCAGUAUGUACCCGAAUUCCGUAAGACACCCAAGCCUAAACCUGAACCCUCAGAAUUUUGUCCCCGCACCUCCUCAGUAUCCAGACUUCACAGGAUACCAUCACGUCUCUGGAAUUACCAGCGACCCUCACCACAGCCAGCCAGGGGCCUGGAAUCCCGCGUACCCUCCUCCGCGAGAGGAAUGGACACCUUACGGGCCGGGAACUGGAGCUUCGACCUCUGGUCCGCUGGGCUUCAGUCCUGCAGAGUUUUCAUCCGUUCAAGCGCCUGGCCUUCUUCCAUCCUCCAUAAACACAUCAGUCGGUCAGCUGUCGCCCAACUCUCAGAGACGGAACCCCUACGACUGGAUGCGUCGGAGCGCGCCGCCGUCCAACUCAGGUGCACACCCAAGCCUAAACCUGAACCCUCAGAAUUUUGUCCCCGCACCUCCUCAGUAUCCAGACUUCACAGGAUACCAUCACGUCUCUGGAAUUACCAGCGACCCUCACCACAGCCAGCCAGGGGCCUGGAAUCCCGCGUACCCUCCUCCGCGAGAGGAAUGGACACCUUACGGGCCGGGAACUGGAGCUUCGACCUCUGGUCCGCUGGGCUUCAGUCCUGCAGAGUUUUCAUCCGUUCAAGCGCCUGGCCUUCUUCCAUCCUCCAUAAACACAUCAGUCGGUCAGCUGUCGCCCAACUCUCAGAGACGGAACCCCUACGACUGGAUGCGUCGGAGCGCGCCGCCGUCCAACUCAGGAGGGAAGACCAGAACAAAAGACAAAUACCGGGUAGUGUACACGGAUCACCAGCGUCUGGAGUUGGAGAAAGAGUUUCAUUACAGCCGUUACAUCACAAUAAGAAGAAAGGCAGAACUGGCAGCAGCACUCAGUCUGUCAGAGAGACAGGUGAAGAUCUGGUUCCAGAACCGGCGUGCUAAAGAGAGGAAAGUCAAUAAAAAGAAGAUGCAACAGCCGCAGCCGGCAUCCACAACCACACCAACCCCACCUGGUUCAGCUCUGCAAGGCAAUGUUCCCAUGGUCACAAGCAGCAGUGGCCUGGUAUCACCAUCUAUGCCAAUGACUAUCAAAGAAGAGUACUGA